CAAUGGCUCCGGACUCAGGUCCCCUGCCCGAAGGGCCUGUCCUAAAGCUCCUUCCCUUAGACACUAGGGACCGGGGCACCCAGCGCUGUCGCCUGGGCCCGGCAGCCUUCCAUGCCUUGGGCGCGCACUUGGGCUCGGCGGUGAAGAUCUCCCUGCCGGACGGCGGCUCCUGCCUUUGCACCGCCUGGCCGCGGCGGGACGGAGCGGACGGGUUUGUGCAACUGGAUCCGCAGUGCGCGAGCCCCGGGUCCGCAGUGGACGCGCUGUGUCCCCGGCGGGGCGGCGCGCACCGGGCCCCCGAGGGCCGCGUGGUGGCCCAGGUGUUGACGCUGCUGGACGGCGCCCGCGGGGACCGCGAGGUGGUGGUGGUGGGAUCCACCAACCGGCCGGACGCGCUGGACCCGGCGCUGCGCAGACCCGGGAGAUUCGACCGAGAGGUUGUCAUUGGGACUCCCACACUUAAACAAAGAAAGGAGAUUCUACAGGUGAUUACCUCAAAGAUGCCCAUCUCUAGUCAAGUUGACUUGAGCCUCUUUGCAGAAAUGACAGUUGGCUAUGUUGGCGCAGACCUGACCGCACUCUGUAGGGAGGCUGCCCUGCACGCUUUGCUUCACAGUGAGAAGAAUCAGGAGAAUCCGACGAUUAAUGAAACAGACUUUCUUGAAGCUUUUAAAAAGAUUCAACCUUCAUCAUUUCGAAGUGUCAUUGGGCUGAUGGACAUCAAGCCUGUUGGUUGGGAACAGAUUGGUGGCCUUGAAGAUGUAAAACUGAAGUUAAAACAGAGCAUUGAAUGGCCUCUGAAAUUCCCUCGUGAAUUUGUUAGGAUGGGUCUGACACAGCCAAAGGGAGUUCUCCUCUAUGGCCCUCCUGGAUGUGCUAAGACCACCCUGGUGAGGGCUCUGGCCACAAGCUGCCAUUGCUCUUUUGUUUCAGUGAGUGGAGCUGAUCUCUUUUCACCUUUUGUUGGAGAUUCAGAAAAACUCUUGUCUCAGGUAUUUCGACAAGCAAGAGCAAAUACUCCAGCAAUUGUGUUUUUGGAUGAAAUUGAUUCAAUCUUGGGCUCUCGAUCAAUCAGCAAAACAGGAUGUAAUGUUCAAGAGCGUGUUCUUUCUGUUCUUCUGAAUGAAUUAGAUGGUAUUGGACUGAAAACUAUUGAGAGAAGAGGAAGUAAAUCAGAUCAACAGGGUAAAUACAAGGAGCUGAAAAAAAAUGAAGAGUUGGAGUUUCAAGAAAUUUUUAAUCGAAAUGUCAUGAUUGUUGCGGCAACAAAUAGACCCGAUGUGUUAGAUGAUGCUUUGUUACGGCCUGGAAGAUUAGAUAAGAUUAUUUAUAUCCCACCUCCAGAUGAAAAGGGCAGGCUUUCUGUUUUGAAAGUCUGUACAAAAAACAUGCCAGUGGGACCUGAUGUUUCUUUAGAAAACCUAGCAGCAGAAACCUGUUUUUUCUCUGGAGCUGAUCUUAGAAACCUAUGUAAAGAAGCUGCCUUGCUGGCUCUGCAAGAAGAUGGACUAGAAGCAACCACAGUGAAACAAGAGCACUUUCUAAAAUCACUUAAGACUGUAAAACCAUCCUUAAGUCACAAGGAUUUGACUUUAUAUAAAAACUUAUUUCAGAAACAAGGAUUUUUUAACUUAGAGGAUAUUUAAAGAUUACAUACCUGCUCAAGGAUUAACUGAAAUGUGAACUUGCACUAUAGUUUGCAAGUUCACUUUUAGAGUUUGUAUAUGUUAUUUCUUGUAAAUAAACCAAACUUGUGGCUGAUAAGCUAAGGUUCAUCUUAUUUCUAAAAAGUAUAUUAAAAUACCAUAAUUUAGGAAAAAA